UAUAUCAGCAUUGAAUAUAAAAUUCAAAUAAAUUUUAGAAUCUAAAAGUUGACCUCAAAAUAAUGAGAGAAGCCAGACAUAUGAAUCCAUUUAUGUGACAUUCUGAAAAAGGCAAGAUUAUAGGGAUAAAAUUCAUCUCAGUGCUUGCCAGGAGCUGGGAGUGGAAGAAGGAAAUUGCAGAGGAACACAAGGAAAUUUGGAGAUGAUGAAAAAUGUUCUAUAUCUUGAUUGUGAUGGUGGUUACAUGACUGCGUAUACUUGUAAAAAUUUAAUUAGCUAUACAAUUUAAAAGGGUGAAUUUUACUUUAUGUAAAUUGUAUCUCAAUAAACCUGACUUUUUAGAAAAAAAUCAGGUUACUCCAGGCUCCCUUUUCAGGCUAAUUCACUCCUGCAUCUACUCUUUCUUACUUGCUUUUGGGAAUACCCGGAUAGAAGAGUUUGAGAAUUACCCAUUUAACAUCUCUUCUCUUUAAAAGAAGGAGUUUUGAGUAUGAUUCUGAGUAAGAUGGAUCCCAAGAUCUUGAACAAUUUAAACAUGAACAAGCAUUUCAGGAGUAGGAGGUAUAGGGCAACUUCAAAUGUAUAUAAAAUACCAACAUACCUACACACAAUGUUUUAGAGAUAUGUAAUCAUUUAUCUCAGUCUUCCUAAACCUCCUUACUUGUGAAAUGUUCACUUGCUGCUCUAUAUCAAUAAGGCAAGUCUAUCAGUUUCUUGUAGUGCAAAGUACCACAGAUUAGGUGGCUAAAACAAGGGAAAUUUAUUUUCUCACAGUUCUGGAUGCUAGAAGUCUGAGACCAAGGUGUCAGUGGAAUUGGCUCCUUUGGAGGCCUCUCGUCUUGGCUUGUAGAGGACCGUCUUCUCUUCCUUGUGUCUUCACAUUGUUUUCCUUCUCUGUGUGUCUGUGUCCUAAUCUCCUCUUCUUAUAACGACACCAGUCAUAUUGGGUUAGGGCCCACCCUAAUGACCUCAUUUUAACGUGAUUAACUCUUUAAAGACCCUAUCUCCAAAUACGGUCACCUUCUCAGGGGUUAGGAACGCAAUAUAUGACUCUGGGGGAACAUAAUUCAGUCCAGAACAGCAUGCUUCUCAUUCCUUACCUCUCCAGCCAUAUGACGUCUCCCGAGAUGUACCCUCCCCCUUUAUUUUUUUUCACUUUGGUUUCCUCACUGCUCUGUCAACAUUUGCAAAAGGUGGCAGGAAACCCAAACACUCUGACACCCUAAGGUGCUCUAACACUGGAUGCAGGCCCAGAUGGAAAAGUGUGCCAUUUAAUGUGUUUGUUUUUGUUUGGGUAUAUUCCUACAAAUCCUUUCCUCAAAAGGUUUUGUGGAGCAACUUUGAACUCUCAAACUACAUCCGGAAUGCAUCAGACAUGUCGAACAGAAACUUAAGUACUUCCUACAGUGCAUAUAGCCUUGAACUUGUUGCCAGCACACAUAUAAAUGGCGAGAAAUGCUUGAAUAGCAAAUCUGCAGUAAGGCAACAAUAGUGCAGUUGUGUUUUUUUUGUUUUUGUUUGCGGUACGCGGGCUUUUCACUGUUGUGGCCUCUCCCGUUGCGGAGCACAGGCUCCGGACGCGCAGGCUCAGCGGCCAUGGCUCACGGGCCCAGCCGCUCCGCGGCACGUGGGAUCUUCCCGGACUGGGGCACGAACCCGCGUCCCCUGCAUCGGCAGGCGGACUCUCAACCACUGUGCCACCAGGGAAGCCCAAUAGUGCAGUUUUUAACCCCAGCUUCUGCUGCUAGUGUGGGUAAUUAAUGGUCAGAAAAAAGUCAGAUCCAAAAGUAGUUAAUCUCUGAGCAGUACAAUCAUUUCAAGCUGAAGAGACUCCUCUUCUACUGAAAGGCAGGGAGACUUGUUGAACUUCUGACAGAAGGACCCUCAGUGCUGGCUCUGCUUCCUCUACCACAAGACGCUAUUCCCAGGCAACUCUUGGAGAAAUGGGAGCAAGUCCAGUGGUCUUUGCAUGGUCUCAUGGCGCAGCAAAUGGAAACCAGUUGGGAAGGUGUGGUCCCUCCACGGAUGAGGUUGCUGUCCAGUGGAAGACAGGACAGGCUGGACAAGAACUGCACAGAUACACUGGAUUACAAUAUCCGCGGAGUGAUGAGGAGGUGGCCGUAAUGCUUGGUGCAAGGUUGAUAGGAGUGACUGCGAAGCAUCCAGAAGGGAAGACACCUGAUGAAGUAAAGAGGAUGCAAUGUAACCACAGAGAAAGAGAUUGGAGUGAAGUGGUUACAAGUCGAAGAAUGCCAACUACCACAAGACUCUCGAAGAGGCAAAAAAACAGAUCUUCCCUAAGGCCUCCAGAGAAAAGAAAUUCUGCUUGCUGGAAGAUCUGGUUGCUGGAAGAUCCAGCUCCAAAGGCGAAGGCCCCGAGGAGAAACGGGAAAUGGAAUGAUCAGUUUGUGGGACUGGAGUGUAUACAGGAAGUAUACGCCACUGAGCAAAUGCCUAAUUGCCUUCCAGGGCACAGAGGCCCUAGGGCCCUAUGCUUGGCGCUGAUACCUGUCACCACUGCUGAGUGGACACAAGGGAGUUGGUCUACUCAAUAAAGGCAUUAGGGUCCUACCUGUUAAUCUCUUGCCUUAGGGCCUGUGCAUAGGCCCCUUAUCCAUUAUGCUAUCAACUCCUGCCCCACUGAGGCAGAAUAAGAUUGCAGUCUGUAUGAUAUUGCUUACACGUGGAAUCUAAAAAAAUACAACAAACUAGUGAAUAUAACAUAACAGAAGCAGACUCACAGAUACUGUGUAGAGAACAAACUAGUGGUUACCAGUGGGAAAGCGGGGAGGGGAAAUAUAGAGAUGGGGGAGUUGGAGGUACAAACUAUUGGGUAUAAGACAGGCUCAAGGAUGUAACGUACAACAUAGGGAAUAUAGCCAAUGUUUUGUAAUAAGUGUAAAUGGAAAGUAACCUUUAAAAAUUGUAUAAAAUUUAAAAAAGAUUUAAAGAAUAGGAUUGCAGUGGUUGUCCUGAG